UGUGCUGCCGCUUUUGGUGUUGAUUCUUCUCCUGCAGGUUGCAGUGGAAGGGGUUGGUGUUCAAGCCCAGCCGUGCUUCAUUCAAUUUGCUUUCCUUUCAUUCAUAACUCCUCCCAUCUGCAAACAUCGAGCUCCGCUUUAGACUUCCACUUGUAGGGACUUCCUCGAGCACAUUCAGAUUUGAAAAAAAAAAAACACCCAAAACUUUGCCUAGCAAGUAACAGAGGAAACAAACCACACUAGAUCCUUAGUCCUGGCUGCUAACUUUAGGGGAGUAGAUGCAACAGACUCUUUGAGCCAUAAAUGUCCGAGAAGAGGAGGAACACACAUCAAGGUGCAGAGACUUCAGCAUAAUGAUGUAAUGUAGAGAGACCUGGAGCCCAAUGGCCCUCCGAGGGCUGCUGGGUGAGGACGUGGUUCACCCAUCUAGGCUUCUCCAACUGGUAAACUGCUUUGAUUCACUGGAGAUCAGUGCCCCUUGCACGAUCCUGUGUGCAAGCUCUUGGAUUCGUGGCCACCUUUCAAGAGCCAGCAAAGUCUCGCUGGCGUUGGUCUUGUCUGUCUGCUUCGUCCUGACUCGCCGUUAGCCCAAGAGAAUGGUCCAUAGUGUUUGUACGUAUGGAUAAUCACACCGACAGUUACCUGCCCUCUUGCCCCAAACCGUGAAUGCAGCGUUCAGUGCUGUCAGCAAAGCCUAUGUUCCCAUGCUGUGAAUGCGCUCUUCUCUAAAAAGCUGAGAGCAGCAGAAGAGAGUUCUGUUGGCUAAGCCAGUGCAGUAGAGCCGUGUAUUUUUUUAAUGCUAAAUUAAAGUAAACAGUGCUGCGCUGGACAGUCUGCAUGACUGUAACGUGGGGGCAGUUCCUCUAAUUCUGUUUGCCCUUGGGGUAUCUUGCCUAGGUAGUCAACAGUCUUUAGAGGAAAGCUGUUGGGAGAAAUGCAAAAUAAUAAUUGCCAAAUAAGAGUCUUGAUCAGACAGUUGCACUGCCCUAUCUUGCUGUUUGUGACACUGAACAGAAACCUCCGGUAGCUGAACUAUGAGUUGUUGCUCAGCACUUCAUGCUACAACACUAAAGGAGACGAGCUUGUCCAGAAGCGUGGUGAAUCCUUAUUUUACAAAAUAAACCAAAAAUACUUGAAGGAAAGAUGUUUGGGAGGAGGUUGCACAUCCCUGCUCUCCUGGACAUGGGACUGUCCCUGCAUGACUGCGGCAAAACAACUAAAAAUAAUCCCUUCACUUCUCUUUAAUUAUCCUGACUGCAGGGAGGUGCAGAAAGCAGUGAAUACUGCCCAGGGGCUCUUCCAGAGGUGGACGGAGCUCUUGCAAGAUCCCUCUAUAGCCACAAGAGAAGAAAUUGACUGGACCACUAAUGAGCUCAGGAACAAUUUGCGGAGCAUCGAGUGGGACUUGGAAGACCUGGAUGAAACAAUUAGCAUUGUUGAGGCAAACCCUCGGAAAUUCAACCUCGAUGCAACGGAGUUGGGUAUACGGAAAACCUUCAUCACAAGCACGCGGCAGGUGGUCAGGGAAAUGAAGGAUCAGAUGUCAAACUCUUCCAUGCAAGCGCUGGCUGAAAGAAAAAACAGGCAGGCACUCCUGGGAGAAAGUGGGAGUCAGAGUUGGAGCUCUGGACCUGACAAAUACAGCCGCCUGGAUCGGGAGCUGCAAUUAGCAAAUUCACACUUCAUUGAAGAGCAACAAGCUCAACAACAGCUGAUUGUGGAGCAGCAAGAUGAGCAGUUGGAGCUGGUCUCUGGCAGCAUCGGGGUGCUGAAGAACAUGUCCCAGCGCAUUGGUGGGGAGCUGGAGGAACAGGCUGUGAUGCUGGAUGACUUCUCUCAUGAAUUAGACAGCACUCAAUCACGGCUUGAUAACGUCAUGAAGAAGCUUGCAAAAGUAUCUCACAUGACAAGUGAUCGACGGCAGUGGUGUGCAAUUAUCGUCCUCUUUGUUAUCUUGCUGGUGGUGCUCAUCCUGUUUUUUGUCCUGUGAUGGACUGAACUUCCUUGGACGCCCCCACUUCCCAUCCCCCGCUCCCUUAAAAUGGGGAAAUGAAACUGUUACUGUUUCCGUCCGCCCUCAGAGAUCCCCCUCAGGAAAAUCUGCACCCAGCUCUUACCGUUCUCCUCCGAGGACUUAACGCCCAUGGCUUGGCUCCGCUGUUGUCAGACUGUCUCGUCACCUGGCCCUGGGGAGGGGGGAUGGAAGAUUCGAGUAGUCUGUGGCUCCUCUGCACCGGGGCUGUGCUGCUCUGGGUAGCGGGCUGCCUUCUCUCCUGGUGCGGCGAGGAGGGCACUAAAUCUGGACCUAGGCAGCUGGAAGGGACUUUACCACUGCGUUUCCACCUCUUGCAGGUAUGAGCCGGUUGCAGCUUGGAAGCGGUCCCA